AUGCACAAACGGUACCUUGUCUCUGGUCUUCCCAGGGUUCUCCCUCCCCUCCCACCCUCGCCUGCUCCUCCCUGUCUUCCCUGUGUCGAGGGGCGGCAGCGCGCCGCUCCUCACUCCUCCUCGUUUCCCCCGACGACUGCUCCCUUGCAGACACUCCACAUGGACGUCGCUUCUCGUCUCCAGCUCAGCGAGCGUUUCCACUCGGACUUUCCUGUCCUGCGCUUGCACUCUGACAGAGGUGGUGAGUUCUCCUCCGACCUCUUGGCAGCCUACUGUGCGGAGCACGGCAUCCGCCAGUCGUUCACGCUUCCGGCCUCUCCACAGCAGAAUGGGGUUGCUGAGCGCCGCAUUGGCUUGGUCAUGGAGGUCGCUCGUACCUCCUUGAUCCAUGCGGCUGCCCCCCACUUUCUGUGGCCGUUUGCAGUCCGAUACGCUGCGCAUCAGCUCAACCUCUGGCCCCGUGUCUCCGUUCCGGAGACUUCGCCGACACUGCGUUGGACAGGAGAGGUUGGCGAUGCGUCACGCUUUCGGGUCUGGGGAUCUCGAGCCUUUGUUCGCGAUACGUCCGCGGACAAGCUCUCCUCCCGCGCUGUUCCUUGUGUCUUCCUUGGCUUUGUCCCGGACGCGUCUGGUUGGCAGUUUUACCACCCCACCGCGCGCCGUGUCCUGCCUUCUAAGGACGUCACUUUCGACGAGUCCGUCCCCUACUACCGCCUCUUCCCCUACCGCACUGCCCCGCUUCCCCCCCCGCCUCUCUUCCUCGCGCCAGGUGCUGCUGUGGUAGACCCCCUCCCCCCUCAGGGUGCCGCUCCCUCAGGUGUGUCCCAGGUAGACCCGGUUGAGCCUGUCGAGGUAGCUGUCGACUCUCGUCCUGCUAGGGGUGCUGAGCCUGAGGGUGCUGAGCCUGAGCGUGCGGAGUCUGGGGGUGCUGAGCCUGGGGGUGCGGAGCGUGGGGGUGCUGAGCCUGCGGGUGCUGAGUCUGGGGGUGCUGAGUCUGGAGGUGCUGAGCCUGGGAGUGCUACACCUGGAGGAGCUCUCUCCUCACAGCAGCUGCGUGAGUGGUACUUACAGUACUGCAGCCUCAGGAGAGGUGCUUCUGGAGCCAGGAGUACUGCUGGAGCUGGUGCUAGUGCUUCCCCUCCUAGGCGGGAGCUGCCCUCUCCCCAGCGGCUCCGAGAGUGGUACGCACGGCGCUGCAGUCUUCGGAGUGGCGCUCCUAGUGUCGCGGACCCAGCUGCUGGAGGUUCUGCUGCUGGCGGUGCUUCUGGCGCUGCUGGAGGUACUGCUGGUGCUGGAGCUGCUGGUGCUGCUGACGCUACUGGAGGUGCUGCUGGUGCUGGUGGUACUGCUGGGGCUGCUGGAGCUGCUGGAGGUGCUGGUUCUUCUGGAGGUGCGGCUGGUGCUGCGGACCUGGGCGUUGGAGUUGCUGCUGGUGCUGCGGACCCUGGAGUCGGAGCUGCUGCUGGUGCUGCGGACCCUGGAGUUGGAGCUGCUGCUGGUGCUGAGGACCCUGGAGUCUGA